CUAUGAUGUCAUUUUACAAAAAAGUCAUCGAUCUGUUAUGGCAGCUUCUACCGAUCCCGGGGCUAAAAUUGCGCAGUGUCGCGCCGGUGUUGUCAUUUACCGAAGCGGGGCUGCUGGAUAUUGGGAAAAUAUAAGGAUUUGUUUUAAUUAAGACCAUUUGUUUGCUAUGAUACGAUUGCAUAAGUGGUAUCUCAUCACCUAAAUAGUUUAACUGAGCUCAGCUGCUUUACGUGCCAGCGUUCAUUUCUCCAUCAACGCAAGCCAAAAUGUCAGGAUUUGAUGAUAACCCGUUUGCUGACCCUUUUGCGGACCCAGCCGUGAAGUCAGCGACACAGAGCAAUGCGCCCGGCCUGGAGGAGUACAACCCGUUCGACGGUCAGCAGACUGCGGCGGCGCCGGCGGCCGGCACGGGCGCGGCGCCGGCCGUGAUGUCGCCCACGCAGGACACGCAGCCGCCGCCGCCGUACACGGCCUCCUCCCAGCAGCAGAUCAACACUGAGCAGCUCCAGCGCCAGCAGGAGGAGCUGGAGCGUAAGGAUGAAGAGCUGCGCCGGCGAGAGGAGGCGCUCCGCAGCGGCCAGCUGAACGCGCGCCAGAACAAUUGGCCGCCGCUGCCGUCGUUCGUGCCCAUCGGGCCGUGCUUCUACCAGGACAUCAACGUGGACAUCCCGCUGGAGUUUCAGCGCAUCACCCGGCACCUCUACUACCUGUGGGGGCUGCACAGUAUGGUGCUUCUGGUGAACAUCAUCGGCGGCAUGGCGAUGAUGAUCCAGUUCGGCCAGUUCUCCAUGUUCGGCCUGGCGCUGCUCUACUUUGUGCUGUUCACGCCGGCCUCCUACGUGUGCUGGUUCAGGCCCAUCUACAAGGCGUUCAGGAGUGACAGCUCGUUCAACUUCAUGGUCUUCUUUUUCGUGUUCUUUUUUCAACUGAUGGUGAGCGGCGUGCACGCGAUCGGCAUCAAUAAUCUCGGCGCCUGCGGCAUCAUCAACGGCCUGAGCGCCAUCAGCGCCGGACAGACGGCCGGCAACUACGUGGUCGGCGUGCUGGCCCUCCUGAUCGGCAUCGGGUUCGCCUUCGUCGCCCUCUGCGACUUCAUCCUGAUCGUCAAGGUGCACAAAAUCUACCGCACGACCGGCGCCAGCAUGAGCAAGGCCCAGGCCGAGUUCACCAGCGGAGUGAUGCGUAACGAGACCGUGCAGAGCGCUACUGCCGACUUCGCCGCCAACGCCGUGCGCACUCAGAUGCAGCAGCCGGGCGGAGCCGGCGACCGCCGCUUCUAAACGCCGGCAGGCAGAGCCAUCCGCACAUCACUUGUGGCAAAGACGCCACGCUAGCGACAGGUGGCAGCACCGUCGCAGAAUAGGUGGCAGCACUAUCCACGCGGCUGCGGCCCGACACCGCCGCCGCCUGAGUGAAGAUCACGAGGAGUGGAAUCGCACUACUCUACCCUGGGCGUGGGGUCCGACUCGGCGGCUGGGAGUGGCUCGGAUCUGGCUGUACCGUUCGGUCGGAUCUCGCUGCCGGCGGACGUUGUUAUCUCGUGGUCCUUGCUGUGUCCGAUGUCCGUGUCGUUGCGGGCCGGGCGCCGUCCGCUGGCACUGACGCGAACCAUAACCGCCGCUUGAUCGCCGCACCGGUGUGGGCCAGAUCGGCGUCACGUCCGAAUUCAGUGUUGAUGUAUUUCACGGUACUGCUGCUCGCUUUUACUUUUGGGAUCUUGAUUUGGGGUCAGACAGUUGUACUUACUGUUUGUAGCGCUUGGAGCGUGGUGGCUUCAGGCGCGCCAGGAUAGGUGCCAGCAUGCGUGUGAGGCGGGGACUGCCGCCGCUAUUAUGUAUUUAUGUUGACAGUAUAUUCUAAUGUAUUAUUCCAGGGUGGAUAUGCGUUCAGUUAAUGGCAAUAUUCUGUGAAUGCUAAAUAGUUUUCCCGUAGUGAGAAGGCAACAUGCUUAGAACUGACCCUCUCUCUUUGUGAAAAGGCUGGUGUAUAAUAAAUACAAUCUCCUCUCUGA